AUGCAACAAAGUAUUGUUGGUCAUGGUCAACAUGCUUCUAAAAAAGAUGAGGAUUCACCUCUUUACGAACAUCUUUUAAAGCUUCGAAAAACGGUUAACAACGUUCUAAAACAAAUUUUUACAGAAUUUGUUGUUGGACUUGAGUAUAAUUCAUUCAAAAAAAUGGGAGAGGAAUUUGAAAAGACUGAGGGAUUAAUUAAAGAAUAUAUGGUGGGGAGAGUGGGGAGAUAUUCAUAUUCAUAUUAA